AUGGAAAACUUUACAAGAAGCCUUUCAAGAAGUCUUUCGAGAAGUGUUUCAAGUUCUGUUGACGCAAAUCGAGUGUGGAGGAGAUCGACAUAUGGAGUACCUCCCAUUGGCAUCCAGCCACUUACCGGUGAAAACUAUGCUUCAUGGAAAGAUCAGUUAGAUCUUACUCUAGGGUACUAUGACCUGGACUACGUCAUUCGUCAUGAUGAACCCGCUGCCAUUACUGCAACCUAUACUGCAGAGCAGAUAGCGGCAUUUGAGAAGUGGGACAAGGCGAAUCGCUUGUCACUUAUGACGGUCAAGAGCUCUAUUCCUCUUGGUCUCCGAGGAGCUAUUCCCGAGUCUGAUAAAGUGAAAGAUUACCUCAAAUCUGUUGAGGAUUACUUCAAGGGAUCGUCUAAAGCACAUGCAAGCAGCUUAAUGCUAAAGAUGCUUACUCUGAAAUACGAUGGAAAAAGCGGUGUCCGUGAACACAUAAUGAAAAUGAGCGACAUGGCGAACAAGCUUAAGACUCUCGAAAUGGAAGUCUCUGACAACUUUCUUGUGCAUUUCAUAAUGACAUCAUUGCCUGCUCAAUUUGAUGCCUUCAAGAUUAACUAUAAUGCUCAGAAGGACAAAUGGAAGAUGAGUGAACUGAUUGCAAUGUGUCAACAAGAAGAAGAUCGACUUAAGCUCGAGCAACCUGAAGCUGUUCACCUUACUACCACUGCUAAUUCCAAGAAGAGGAAGGGUAACAACAGUAACAAGAAUGGAAAGAAAGCUUAA